UUAUCGCAUGCAUUUAUCUAAAAAAAUAAGGGAUUUGAUCAUUUUCGAAGAUACUUCACUGACAACAUAACCUAAUAUUUUGUAUAGAAUACAUACAUAUCAUUUCAAGCAAAACUGGACUGUUGAAAUUAAUUAAAAAUUAUGGCUUGUGAUUCAAAAAUAAUGUGCUUUCGUCAUUGUUGUUCAAAAAGUAUAUUUUGUAAAACUGUUCCAGAAGAUUAAUAAAACUUUAAAGUUAAAAUGAAUCAUAAUAAGAUCAAACUGCCUUUAUUGGGCAGAAAUUAUAGACAAAGAUUUCUUCAAUUACUAAGAAAUCUUUCAUCUGACACUAGUCAAUAUAAAUUUGAUGUUAUUGUUAUUGGCGGUGGUCAUGCUGGAACAGAAGCUUGUACAGCAGCUGCCAGAAUGGGUGCAAAUACGUUAUUAGUUACUCAUAAAAAAAGUACAGUAGGAGAAAUGUCAUGUAAUCCAUCCUUUGGCGGAAUUGGAAAAGGAAAUCUUAUGAGAGAAGUAGAUGCUUUAGAUGGAGUUUGUUGUCGUAUAUGUGAUGUUUCUGGAAUUAAUUAUACAGUACUAAAUAAAAGUAAAGGACCAGCUGUAUGGGGAUAUAGAGCUCAAAUUGAUCGUGACUUAUACAAGAAACAUCUACAGAAGGAACUUUUCAAUACACCUGGUUUAAAAAUAUGUGAAUCUUCUGUGGAAGAUUUAAUUGUACAUGGAGAUUCUCCAAAUUGCCAUGGAAUAAUUCUUAGAGAUGGAACAAAAUUAUACAGUGACGCAGUUGUCAUAACAACGGGUACUUUCCUAAAGGGUCAAAUUAAUAUUGGAUUGGAGAAAAGACCUGCCGGCAGGUUGGGUGAUGAACCUAGCAUUGGGUUAGCUAAUACAUUAGAAAGGAUUGGCUUUAAAAUGGGAAGAUUAAAGACUGGUACACCACCGCGAUUAGAAAAAUCUACUAUCGAUUUUUCCAAUCGUAUAAUUCGUUACCCAGACGAGGUAUCAACACCAUUUUCAUUCAUGAACGAAACUGUUUGGUUACCUGUAGAAAAACAGGUAAACACUUAUCUUACGUACACAAACGAAGCUGUCUCAAAAAUUGUAAAAGAUAACCUCCAUUGUAACUUACAUGUUACGGAAGAAAUAUCAGGACCACGGUAUUGCCCAAGCAUUGAAAGCAAAGUUCUUAAAUUUGAAACGACAGAACACCCAAUUUGGUUAGAACCUGAAGGUUUAAAUUCAUCUAUAAUAUAUCCCAGUGGAUUAUCAUGUACACUUCCAGCAGAAAAACAAGAAGAACUUAUUAAGUGUAUUCCUGGACUAGAAAAUGCAAAAAUGGUAAAACCAGGUUAUGGAGUUGAAUAUGAUUAUAUUGACCCAAAAGAAUUAAAUGUUACGUUAGAAACCAAAAGAAUUCCAGGAUUAUUUCUUGCUGGACAGAUAAAUGGUACAACUGGUUAUGAGGAAGCAGCUGCACAGGGGAUUGUAGCAGGUGUCAAUGCUGCGGCUAAGGUUCUUAAUAAAAAGCCAUUGAUAAUAAGUCGUACAGAAGGUUAUAUUGGUGUUCUCAUCGAUGAUCUUAUUACACAUGGUACAAAUGAGCCAUAUAGAAUGUUCACUAGUCGUUCAGAAUUUCGAUUAAGCUUACGACCAGAUAACGCAGAUCAAAGACUCACCAGAAAAGGAUACGAUAGUGGUUGCGUAUCGGAAAAAAGAAUGGAAAAAACAGAAACAGUUUUAUCCAAAUUAAAAGAAAAUAUAGAAUUAUGUAAAAAUGAAAUUCGUACGACUGCAAAGUGGAGUAAAUUAUUGGGUAUUCCACGUCCUAAAAAUACUGAUCCUCGAUCUGCUUUUGAGUUACUACAAGUUUAUGACAUUGACAUAUUUAUCAAAGCGCUUCCAGACCGUUUUGGACACCUUGCAGAUGAUCCAGCCAUUGCAAAAAGAGUAAAGAUAGAGGCAUUAUAUGCAGAAGGUAUAAAAUACCAACAGCAAGAGGUUAAUGAAAUUCGUAAAAAUGAACAAAUGUUUAUACCAUCAUCUUUGUACAAUAACUUGGGUCACUUGAAUUUAUCCUACGAGGAACAAGAAAAACUCUUACAGUUUCAACCAUAUACAAUUGCUGCAGCCAGUCGAAUCCAAGGAAUCACUCCAUCUUGUAUUUUGCGUUUAAUAUAUUACAUACGAAAGAAUAGUCAAAAUACAGCACUCGUAGCAAAUUAACUGAAAUAAAUGACUUAUUAAAUUA